AUGGCACUGAACUUGGGAAAGUUAUCACCGUUGUUUUGUUCUUUACAAGAUGGUACUUUUUGGGACACUAUUAACAACUUCGAUGACGAUGAGCUCAAAGUAUUUUUGCCAUUCUUGAUAUCCUCAUGUUUCCAUAAUGAUGCCUCAGGUGAUGUAUUUCCUGAGUUGCUUGCUAGAUUAUGUCAGUUCCCCGAAGGAAACAGAAUUCUAACGCUUAUCAGACAAAAUCGUACUGAGUUCGAAGAGAAGUUCCAGACCAGUCAUGAGGGCGGUUUCAAUAUUCCGUUCUGUAAAGUUGACGAUAUCACUAAACUCGCAAUGGUGAUUAGGUUUUUUAAUGAAUCUUCAAAAGAUGAGUUCCCUGCUGGUUUCAUCAGUGACGAUGAAGUUCCUGAUGCGGCUAUGCUGUUAUCUCUUGGAUACAUAAAUUACCCUCAUCUCUUACCUUUCGGAAAGAUCACGUUGAAAUCGCUCUCAUUUCCGAACGGACCUCAGCUUCUUAUAACAAUGUUGAUGAAUUCAGUCGAAUUACUCAAUCCAGUGCUAAACAUCCUGAUGGGUUUACAAGUUAGUGAAGAAUCUUCUAUAGGACGACAGAAAGGUGUUUUAUUGACUCAGUUGUUUGAGUUAUGUCCUCGUAUACAUUUAUCAAUUCUCAGAGAUAUGGCAUCUUCGAAAAGAGAUUGCUUAUUAGCAGUGAGGCUUGCCGCUCAGUUUUUAGAUGAUGAGGCUAUUUUGAAUUUCAUCUUACCUCUUACAUGGAACAAAAGUACUCAGCUUGUUCAAACACUUUCUAAAGCUUCAAGCCGAUCUACUUUAACCAUUCUACAUGAUAGAUUGUAUAAGAUGGCAUCUAGGAUAGUCGAAAAGAAUGAUAAACAACCAUACUUGACCCUCUUGCAAAGUUUGAUGACGAUACAAAAUAAUUGCAGCUUGAAACCUUCUCCGGAGCAACUGAAUAUUUUGUGCUCUUUGAUAUGUCGGGUUAACGUUGAAGACGAUGCUUACUUAGAGUUUGCAUUAGCUUCUCUACUCGCCAUUCUUAGCUUGACUUCAUUUCCUCAAAAUCAAUUGCCGGUUAACAGGAUGGAUGAAAUGAUUGUGGCCUUCCUGAAACAUCUCGCUAUCGAGAUCACGAAGGAACAUAGAGAAUCCCUUCGGAUUACGGUUAUAUAUGUUGGAGUAUGUCUUAGUGGAUUGAGAACAGAUUUUCUGAAAACUUUCCUUCUAAAUAUCUUCAAAACUAAAAUAACUAUCCCACCUCGUCAAGUUCAGCUAUUGAGAACAACUUUCUUCUCAUCAUGUUUAUCUGAGUGCGAGCUUGCCACCAGAUGUGCUACUCUGCCGGUCAGUGUGAACUUGAACUCUGAGUUCUCUGGUCGUUCCCCGAUUCAUUCUGUACACGAUCUUCUAUGCUCAGGAACGUUCGCUAGGUUCAAUGUUGAUCUAGGACCUUGGUUAGAAAAUCAGAUAAUGGCUUCUUCUGUCCCCGUUCACAAUGUCCUUUCUGAGGUGGUUGAGAGAUUUGCAGCUGAAUCUGCUCGAGCAGGACGUUCAGGAUUAAGAAAGAAGUUCAUUGAUGAUUUGUUCGAAGGAGAUAUUUUGAGCGAAACAGUGCUCACUGCAAGAGUGGUAACCUUACUCUACCUACUAUCUUACCGUUCUCAAAUGGAUCAACUCGCUAUUGGAGCUGUAGAUAACUUCUUCCGUGAUAUUUAUAGUAGCAUUCCUAUUCGUUUCUUGUUGAGUAUAGUAGAGUGUCGAGGAACAAAUUACUCUUCUUGCCGAACAUCAAUAAUGAGAUUAGCUACUGAUAUAUUCCCGUACAUGCUUCCUACUAUAGACAGUGUUAAAAUAGCUCGUGCCCCUGGAGGCGGUAUGUCUUUCCCAUUUACUACGGAUGAGUACUUCGGAAUGCUGAAAAGGAACGAAAUAGGAAGAAUAUUGAAAGUGUUGGAUGCCUCUCUGCUUUCCGAUUUGGUUAAACAGUUACCUUUCAUUGUGGAGCUCUUCCGGAAAUCUCUAGACAAAGAUGUUCUCUUACCCAACGUUGAUAGUGUCAUUACUCUGUGGAGUCGUUUAGAAAACGUCGUACCUAGAAUGUUGUAUGAGAAAUCUUGUCUCAGUUGGGUAAGCUGCUUACAGAACAAGGAAAUGUCACUCGCAGAUAUAUACGAGUAUCCUACUUUGCUCUUUAGAUGUGAUAGGCGAAUUUUGAGCUCUCCAAAACAUUUUUCGUGUUUCAUAAGAAUGUUAACCUUUUUCUCUGCUGCGAGUAAGAAUCUGUUGAUGAGAAGCGUUCACACGGCCAACUGCUCGUUGAAUGAAGUAGAACGACAAGAACGAGAUGUUCUCUCUAUAGCUGUAGACCACACUAGAGGAUCUCUGUUAAUACAACUGCUGAUCGAGGUGUCGGACCCGAAACGUAUGCAAGACGAACAAACACCGUCUGCUCUGAAGAGAAGGAGGCUGGUGAGAAAGAUAGCUUGCGAGUACAUUCAUCAACUUUUCAUAAUGGACAAAAACAUAAUGAAACUAGUGUUGUUCCAGACCUUCCCGUUACAUAUGGUUCCGUAUCUCGUGGAAGACGUUCCUUCGAUGUUUGUGGCCAGAGAUUUCCUACAGGAAAUGUUGUCCCUUCCAGACAUCAAACGUCGUAUCUUUGGAAUCUCCCUUAUGAUUCAUGUAUCUAAGAAGUAUCGUAUCACAGCUACAUGCGCCUCAACAGACUUAAUCUUGGAUGUUCUACACACUCUAUUAAGGUUUUGUGAGGCUUCUAUAAACGUCAAGUUGUUCUUAAAGAUCGUGCCGACGUUAGCUGAAAUCAAUUCGGUCUUUCCACAACUUUCCUCUGAUGUCACUCAUCUUCUUAUGCGGGUAUAUUCUUUGGCUGCGAACAGAAUGGCACUAAAUCCCCUGGUGGUUGAAUGCCAAUCACAAGAGAAGCAACUAAUGGCCUUAAUCAAAAACAGUCUUGCUGACCAAGUUAAUGUUGCCCCUGCGGUAUAA